ACCCCGGCGGAGGAGCUGAGGUCAUCAUCAAAUUUGAAAUAUUUAAAGUGGAUACAAAACUGUUUCAGCAAUGCAGACAAUUAAGUGCGUUGUUGUGGGUGAUGGUGCCAUUGGUAAAACAUGUCUCCUGAUAUCCUACACAACAAACAAAUUUCCAUCUGAGUAUGUACCGACUGUUUUUGACAGCUAUGCAGUCACAGUUAUGAUUGGUGGAGAGCCAUAUACUCUUGGACUUUUUGAUACUGAAGGGCAAGAGAAUUAUGACAGAUUACGACUGCUGAGUUAUCCACAAACAGAUGUAUUUCUAGUCUGUUUUUCAGUGGUCUCACCAUCCUCAUUCAAAAAUGUGAAAGAAAAGUGGGUGCCUGAGAUAACUCACCACUGUCCAAAGACUCCUUUCUUGCCUGUUGGGACCCAAAGUGAUCUCAGAGAUGACCCCUCUACUAUUGAGAAACUUGCCAAGAAUAAACAGAAGCCUAUCACUCCAGAGACUGCUGAAAAACUGGCCCAUGACCUGAAGGCUGUCAAGUAUGUGGAGUGUUCUGCACUCACACAGAAAGGCCUAAAGUAUGUGUUUGAUGAAGCAAUAUUGGAUGCCCUGGAGCCUCCAGAACCGAAGAAGAGCCGCAGGUGUGUGCUGCUAUGAACGCCUCUCCAGAGCCCUUUCUGCACAGCUGGUGUUGGCAUCAUACU